GUUGUGUCGGCUCCAACGUCAUCAAUCCCCUUGCCGCUGUUCCUUCUUGGUUCAACUCCUCUUCUACACGCAUUGCGAUUCCUCAACAUACGGGAAGCGCAGACCCUCGUUGAGGCCGGCGCCGACGUGACUGUGACGGACGAGGAGGGCAGG